AUGCCCCCACGGAAAGUGAAAGCUAAAGUAGCAAAACCCACAUUUGAAAGGUUACUCGAUACACCAAAAAAAUUUGGAGCCCAUGUUGGUAUGGGAGGGGGAGUUUAUAAUGCCGUUACUAAUGCUGCAGCAUUAGGUUGCAAUUCGUUUGCUUUGUUUCUAAAAUCUCCAAGAAGAUGGGAAUCACCUCAAAUUUCUCCCGAAGAUGCUAAAAAGUUCAAAGAUUUGUGCAGGCAACACAACUAUAAUCCUCGAACGGAUGUUCUUCCUCAUGGCUCAUACUUUAUCAACAUGGCCAACCCAGACGAGGAAAAAUUAGCCAAGUCUUUUGAUUGCUUGCUUGAUGAUUUGAAAAGGUGUGAACAACUUGAUAUCGGAUUGUAUAAUUUCCAUCCUGGCUCAUCUUUGGGGGAAGGCACUACGAAGAUCAAGGAUGAAAAUGGCGUUGAGGCUAGCGCUGCUGUAAGAAGACUAGCGACUGGAUUAAAUAAGGCAGUUAAGGAAACAGAAUUUGUCCGGAUAGUCGUAGAAAAUAUGGCUGGACACGGUAGUUACGUAUGUGGUAAUCUUGACGAUUUCCACGAUCUGUUUCAAUUACUGGACGAUCCAUCCCGUGUCGGCAUUUGCAUUGAUACUUGUCACUCCUUUGCAGCUGGCUACGAUUUAAGUAAUGAAGAGGGCUGGAACAAAUUUUGGAAUGAGUUUGAGGAAAAAAUUGGACUGGAACAUUUGGCUUCUGUUCAUAUAAAUGACUCAAUGGCUCCAAUUGGUGCAAAUCGAGAUCUACAUCAAAAAUUAGGAUGGGGUUUUUUAACUCUAGAAUGUUUUAGAUUAUUAUCAAGUGAUAAACGUUUGGACAACAUUCCGCUGAUUUUGGAGACUCCUGUUGAUGCUAAAGACGAUAGUUCAUAUGGGGAGGAAAUCAAACUGCUAGAAUGGUUAGUGGGGAAGUCUAAAGAUGAUCAGGAUUAUAUUAAUAGAUUUGAAGAACUACAACAGUUAGGCCAGAAAAAUCGCCAAGAACAAGCUGAAAAGUUUGAGAAAAAGCAGAACACCAAACGGAAGGCUGCAAGUAAAGAUAUUGCAAGUAUGAUGAAAUCGGCAAAGAAGGUGAAGACCGAGGAUAAUGAUGGUGAAGCGGGCAUCUGUCAACAUUAG